AUGAUGAAAAAAAAAAAAGUUUUGAAAUUUCUGAGGUUUUUCGAGUUAAAGUGGUAUCAUUAUUUGCUUAUCCUGAGAAUGAACUGGGAACAAAUGUCGCAACCAGCAAAGAAAAGCAAAGCCGAAGGAUAUCAGGGCUUUAAACUUUCAAAGAGUUCCAAAAAUGAAAUUGAAACUAUAAAUCUUGAUGAACCUAUUGUCACUAAAGAAUGGUUCUUCCAAAAUUACAUAAAGCCCCGAAAACCAGUUUUGAUUAAGUACAACGCAAAUUCAGAGAAGUUCCGUUUGAAGACAGAAAAUUUUAGACCUGACACGCUGAUUAAAACCCUAGGAGAUGAGGGUGAUUUAUUACAAGUAGAAGAAUUGAGUAAGGGCGGAUUUGGUUCGGGGCACGACAGAUUGAAACUUAGCCUUGGUGAUUUUUUAGGGCGGAUAAAGAAUGGUGAAUCCUUGUAUCUGACUACACAAUACGAAGAAAAUGAUCCCAAAAUAGCUGAAAAUAACACAGAAGAAGGAGAAGAAGAUGAUGAUGAUCACGAUGACAAUGACGACGAUGAAGGUGAGGGACAUGGUUAUGCUGGAUUUGAAAAAAUUGAUGAAAACGCUAGUGAUGUAGAUGAAUUUGGAGAUGUUGAUGACUUUGAAGAUGACUAUAAGGAUGAAUUUGCAGAUGAGCUCUUGGGUGAUGACAGCAACGAUAUCAAUAUCAUCUAUCAACCUCCGUUGACCAAUUUGUUGGAUGAUAAACUAGAAAGUUUACCUCCACAUGCAACUGAGAUAACAGAGUCACUUGUCCCACAGCAAAUCAAUCUCUGGUGUGGACGUACACCGGCAGAGACCCCACAGCUGGAAAUUGGAUUGAAUGAUGCAGGAAGCGUGAAAAAUGUCAAUAAUGGGCUAUCUCAGGCCAAUGCUACAAGUACGGGCUUACACCAUGAUCAUGCAGAUAAUCUCUAUAUUUUGGUGCAAGGAAAAAAGAGAUUUACUCUAUUCAGUCCUGAUUUUGCUUAUUAUUUGUACACCACUGGUGAUGUAAGAGAUAUUUACCAUACUGGGGUAAUCGACUAUGUGGUCAAUGAGAAGGCUAAAUCGUGGAUCAACGUGCGUGCUGAUGGUGGAUGUUUGGAUUCAAAAUGUGAGAUUGGAGGGGACCAGAAGACUGAACAAUCAAAUGGAGAAAGGCAAGCACCUCCUUCGUUCUGUCGUAUACCCCCAUCGUUACUUCAUUUAAACGAACUCGAUGAACCGAAACGGGUUGCUCUGGAGAAGUAUGCUUUGGAGUGCUUCCCACUGUUUGUACCAUACAAGGAUCAAUCUAUUCAAAUCACUUUAGAAGAUGGAGAUUUGCUAUACCUACCUGCAGGCUGGUUUCACGAGGUGACAUCCUAUGGUGACAAAACUAAUGAUAAUAUCCACGUUGCAUUGAACUACUGGUUUGUUCCUCCAGAUGGUGAAUCCGUAAAUUCCCCAUACACGGACCCAAUUUGGGAAGAAGAUUUCAGAAAAUGGAAGGAUUUGUACCUCUAG